AGGAAAAAGAAACGAUAGAUUGAGGUAGAGAAAAAAAAAAAGAAAAAAAAAAAGGAGAGAAAUGAAGCACAUUUCCAAGAAGCUACACAAAGGCCAUAAUCAAGAGCCUAAUCGGACUAACGAGCCGCCGUCUCCCUCAUGCGCCACCGAUCAUCAACGGCCCAUGUCCGGAAACUCUCCGACGAGUCCCUCCACGUCAUCUCCUGCUCCGGCUACUGUUCCGCCGAGCGCCGGGAACGCUACAGCAGCGUGGACUGUGUCGGCAAGUAAUGGUACCGAUUACAUGUUGUCGGAGGACGAGUUCCAGGUUCAGUUAGCUCUAGCGAUCAGCGCGUCGAAUUCGGAGGAUCAGAUCCGCGCGGCGACUCUGCUGAGCUUGGGCGGCCAUCAUCAGAUGGAUACAGGCAGGGAUAGGGAGGAGGUGCCCCGCAGCGGAUUUAUCGAGACAUUAUUGGGUGAGUGUUCGUCAACUUUCUCCUUACCCAUUUUGAGGUCGAAUUGGAUUCUGGUGGAUUCAAGUUGGAAUGGGUUUUGUAGUGUUGGUGCUGGUGGAUGGAUUGUAGUUAAUGAGCUUACUUAAAGUAGGGGCUUUUGGUCUGUGCCUAUAAGCAAUUUUGAAUUUCUGGUAAUUAGAGCAAGUCACCAUGGAAUUGUGUUAAGUAUGGCCAUUCAGAUAGUUAGUUAAUGUAACUAAGGUUACUUUUACUGCAGUUACUUUGUAACCCAGGUUAGUUUUUCUUCUUUAAAUAGACCUUUGUAGAAGUA